UUUCUUUCUUUUUUUCUUUUUUUUCUUUUUUUUUUUUUUUUUGCUUUUUGUGUGUUACCGUGUUACUUUUGCCUUUUGCACUUUUCUGAUGAGAGAGGGGUGAUGAUACUGGAGAGGCUUUAUGGAUGAUUUUGGUGGGAAUGAGCAUUGGGCAAAGAGGUUUUGGUUGGGGUUUGACGCAGGGUUUGCUGCUUUUGGCGUCGUUGAGUUCCUUUUGACGACAUUAUCUUUGGUAAACUACAGUAUUAAUGAAAUAACAUACAAAAUAAAGGUAUCUAGCCCGGGAAUAGAGUGACCAUUUGAUUACAACAUGUGCAAAAUAAUCUAUAAUGUAUAUAUACUGUAAGACCGUGGAUGUAAACUAUUGAUGAAAAAUAAUAUCAAGCUAUCUAGAAGCUCUCCGCCAGACUUUCAAGCAGAGCGAUGACUAAGCAGGAAUGAAUGGAGCGGACGAGGCGUAACAGAAACUUCUGUAAUAAAUUCAGAAAUUCGUCCUUCCGAGGUUA